UGAAGGGGGCCGUCCGUCCCUGUUCGUGGAGAUUAGCCCGAGGAAGCCCCACGUAUAGUGAUCAUCUGAAGAUAUCUCCCAUUCAGACGUUGGUUUGAAUCCACCGGAGCGCUCAGCCAUAAGGGGACGAGUCGGAGGCUUUUUGUCAAGAGGCCAAGAUGGAUGUGUUUAUGAAGGGUUUGUCUAAAGCAAAAGAGGGGAUGGCUGUGGCUGCAGAAAAGACCAAGGAAGGAGUUGCUGUUGCAGCUGAAAAGACUAAAGAAGGAGUUAUGUUUGUAGGUAGUAAGGCCAAAGACAGUGUUGGCACAGUUGCUGAGAAGACCACCGGUGCUAUGGGGAAUAUUGUCGCUGCCACUGGACUGGUGAAGAAAGACGAGUUCCCUGCUGACAUGAAUCCUGAAGAAUAUGGACAGGAGGCCAUGGAGGGCCAGGGAGAGGCAAUGCUGGAACCAGAAGGGGAGACAUAUGAUGAUACCCAGCAGGAGAGCCAGGACUAUGAGCCAGAGGCGUAAAAACGUCAGCCGGAGCCACUACCCAACCAGCAGCACAGUAAUAUUUCUAAUAAUAAAAAGGACAAAUGCUGAAACGAUUACGAUUAUACCCGUUGCAAAAAAAAAAGAAGAAAAAAGCCAAAAAAAAAAAAAAAAAAAGACAAGCAUUCCCACUGAAUAAUGUUCUUCCUUCGAGACAAAUCUUUUAUUAUAUAUUGUAAAUGUCAUGUUAUUAAUGUAAGGUGUUGGCUGUAGGUGUUUACUGAGGUGUAGGAUCGUCCUCUGUCUCAUUUCCUUGAAUCCCUCCCAAUGAAAUGAGACCAGCACCAGGACUUGUGACUUUGUACUUGUGUGUAUCUGUAUUUAAAAAUGUGCAAUAGAUGUUCAUCAUCUUCCAAUGAGACAUUGGGAGUGCGGAAAAAAAAAUAAGUACAGUAUGUCCGGUUGCAAGCAGAUAUGAACAAUAUAUCCUCUUAAGUGUCUGCAAUGCCUGUUUGUGGGGUUUUUAUGAAUUUUUUUUUUGUUAUUGUUGUUCCUUUUUGCAUUGAUUUUUUUCAAAUUGAGUUCGUUUUUUGGAGUAAAGGUUUUUUUACAUUGUAUCUUUAUAGUUGCUUGUGAGAUCAUUCCAGUAAAUUAUCUGUUAGAAAUGAACAAAGUACAUGUUUUUGUGUGCGUGUGUGUGUGUGUGUAUACUGAAGAUUUUAACAAGUUAAAAUCAAUAUAUGUCUUGAAAUCAUACUGGUUAUCAUAAUAUGUGCUUUAAAUUGCAGGAUUUGUCAAUAUAAAGGUUUAUGUGUUAAGCCAGUCGAACAACCUCUGUAAAUAAAAAGU